GCCGCGCCUCGGUGCGGCCGCUCUGUGCACCCCCAGCCCCGCGGAGCCUGCCCGGCUCGGCCUGCCCGGUGACGUGACGCUGAACGUGCCUGCGGAGCCGCCUUUGAGCCGCGCCUCGGUGCGGCCACUCCUGUGCAACCCCCGCCCCACGGAGCCCGCCUGGCGCGGCCUGGCCGGUGCCUGUGCGCCGCGUUACCUGCGUCAGCCGCGUACCUUGCUGCCCGGUGACGGGAGGCGACUGCGGCGGGCAGGGUUUGAGCUAUGGAGAUGCUAUCAGCAGCCCUCGGCAAGAACCAGCAACCGUGCCCAAAGCACACGAAUGUGGGUAACCAGCAUCGCUCGCCGUGGAUGCCUGUGACGGCCAGAUCGUGUUCUGGGUGCUCGCCGACAAGCCCGCCGAGAGCAGGGGAGGCAGGAGGUGCAAUUAACCAAAAGGGCGGAUCCUGCUGAACUACGAAAUAUUUUUUUGCAGUGCAGUCUUCCAAACAGCUGUCAUCGCAGCUAUAGGGUGGAAGAAGGCGAGGAGAUGUGAGGGACUGGCAUUAUGAAGAGCUACGAGAGAUGCUUAAGCAGUAUGCCAGCGUUGAGAAAGAUGGCGAACAUUACAUGACCCCAGAAGAUUUUGUGCAGAAAUACCUAGGACUUCAUACAGAUCCACGCCACAAUCCUAAAACAGUGCAACUGUUGGCUGGAGUAGCAGAUCAAACUAAGGAUGGGCUCAUUUCCUACCAAGAAUUUUUGGCAUUCGAAUCUGUUUUGUGUACUCCAGAUGCAAUAUUCAUUGUUGCUUUUCAGCUAUUUGACAAGAGUGGCAAUGGAGAAAUAACAUUUGCAAAUGUCAAAGAAAUAUUUGAGCAAACUGUUAUUCAUCUUCAAAUCCCUUUCAACUGGGACUGUGAGUUCAUUCGAAUGCAUUUUGGACAUAACAGGAAGAAGCACCUUAACUAUUCAGAGUUCACUCAGUUUCUUCAGGAGCUACAGUCAGAACAUGCAAGACAAGCCUUUUCAUUGAAGGACAAAAAUAAAAGUGGUAUGAUAACUGGGCUGGACUUCAAUGACAUCAUGGUUACCCUUCGCUCACACAUGCUAACUCCAUUUGUGGAAGAAAAUUUAGUUUCAGUAGCUGGUGGAGCUGUUUCACAUCAGGUCAGCUUCUCCUUUUUCAAUGCAUUUAAUGCCCUUUUGAAUAACAUGGAUCUUGUUAGGAAGAUAUACAGUAAUAUAGCAGGUACAAGAAAAGAUGUUGAAGUCACAAAAGAGGAAUUUACCCAUGCUGCGAUCCGAUUUGGACAAGUGACACCACUGGAAAUAGAUAUUCUCUACCAACUUGCAGAUUUAUACAGUGUUACUGGGCGCUUGACUUUGGCAGAUAUUGAGAGAAUAGCACCACUGGCUGAAGGUGCAUUACCUUACCACUUGGCAGAACUCCAGAGGCAGCAAUCUUUUGGAGAGUCAGGCAGACCUAUCUGGCUUCAGGUAGCUGAGUCAGCUUACAGAUUCACUUUGGGUUCAGUUGCUGGAGCCGUUGGUGCUACUGCAGUGUAUCCCAUAGACUUGGUGAAAACUCGUAUGCAGAAUCAACGCUCGACUGGCUCGGUCGUGGGGGAGCUGAUGUAUAAAAACAGCUUUGACUGCUUUAAAAAGGUUUUGCGUUUUGAAGGAUUUUUUGGUCUUUACAGAGGCUUGUUACCACAGCUGAUAGGUGUUGCUCCAGAAAAGGCUAUUAAGCUAACUGUUAAUGACCUUGUCAGAGACAAAUUUACUAGCAAAGAUGGCUCCAUUCCACUCCCCGCAGAGGUCCUUGCUGGAGGCUGUGCAGGAGCUUCCCAGGUCAUCUUCACUAAUCCUCUGGAGAUCGUAAAGAUUCGGUUGCAGGUAGCAGGAGAAAUUACUACAGGACCCAGAGUCAGUGCCCUCUCAGUUAUAAAAGAUUUAGGCCUUCUUGGUCUUUAUAAGGGUGCCAAAGCAUGUUUCCUCAGAGACAUUCCCUUUUCUGCAAUCUACUUUCCUGUUUAUGCUCAUAGUAAACUGAUGCUUGCUGAUGAAAAUGGCCACGUGGGAGGACUUAAUCUCCUUGUAGCUGGAGCCAUUGCAGGUGUUCCUGCUGCUUCUUUGGUAACCCCUGCUGAUGUCAUCAAGACAAGACUGCAAGUGGCAGCUCGCGCUGGUCAGACAACAUACAGUGGAGUUAUUGACUGCUUUAGAAAGAUUCUGAGGGAAGAAGGAGCUUCAGCUUUUUGGAAGGGAGCUGGAGCUCGUGUGUUCAGAUCUUCACCUCAGUUUGGUGUUACUCUGGUCACUUAUGAACUUCUGCAACGAUGGCUUUACGUCGAUUUUGGAGGCCUCAAACCUUCUGGAUCAGAACCCACACCAAAAACCCGAAUUUCAGAUCUUCCUCCUGUUCAUCCUGAGCACAUAGGUGGAUACAGACUUGCUACAGCUACAUUUGCUGGUAUAGAAAAUAAAUUUGGGUUGUGUCUUCCAAAGUUUCGACCUGACAUCACCUCAGCUCAAGCGAAAAUGAGCAGCUGAGUCCUGGAAAGUUUGAUCAACCCAGCAAAGCAAUGCAGUGGAAAAAAAAAGUUAACAGGAGCAGUACUGUAUUUUUUUUUCCAGUUGGCUGCAUGUUGUUCUAACUGAACUGAGCUUGCAAAUCUAAUUACUCCUUCCUAAUAUUAAUAUAUCCCUGCAUUUAUUUGUUUAUUUGCACACACAAGGAACUGACUGAAGCUGUGGUUCUAUGCCUUGUUUGAACCAGUGGCAUGAAUCUGUAGCCUAGACUUGACCUUUGCACAGCUUGCAUUUAAUGUUACUGUACAUAUUGUACAUCUUUGUACAGAGACAUCAUGGCAUCCAUACUCAUCCAUUUAUAUAAUGGCCAUUGCAGUUCAAAAUAGGUUGAAAUGUACAGAAUGUUUUGAAGGCAUUUUGUUAACAAUCGUGACAAUAAAAUACUUGAACAC